GAAAGGGCUUAUCUCUCUGUGUGACCAACUUACCAAAACGGCUCCUUUGUGAAACACAAAACAUCGAGUUAACCCAAGGAACGGAGGGAGCCAUGGCGGGCCUGCUACUGCCACACUCGCCACACUGCUUCCAUGGACGCAAAUUUCUGGACCCAUUUCCCUCUUCCUCAAUCUUAUUUCCUAAACCAUCCCUCCCAACCCGCAUUAGGGACAGUGUUCAUCAUCGCUUCCUUACAGGAACGCUAGCUCUACUCUCUCCUAGUAUCUUGUUCUGCAGCAACAAUAGAUUGACUGCAGUACAUGGCAGUCAGUUUAGCACAAGAACAAAAUCAGCCUGUGACUGAGGAAUUGGAGGAAAAUAAGUCCAAAGAUCCCCUUGUCAGCGGGGAUUCUAUUCGACGUCGAUUCCUUGAUUUCUAUGCUUCCCAUGGCCACAAGAUUCUUCCAAGUGCUUCUCUUGUGCCAGAUGAUCCUACUGUUCUAUUGACAAUUGCAGGAAUGGUUCAGUUUAAGCCAAUAUUCCUCGGAAAAGUAUGGUAUAAAAUAUAAAUGUAUAAACUCGGAUAUGGGUUUUUGCUGUUUUUACCUUAGUGAACCUAGAUAGAUUUAUGAAGUCAUCAAAGGACAUCACUAAGAACCUUUAAUUCUUAUGCUAUCUGAUGAGAUUGCUAACAUAUAAAUGGCACAAUCUACAUUUUGGAGAUCACUAUUAAAUAAACUAGGAAAGAAAGCUGUUAAAAGACAUGAUUCUUGUUGAAGUUAACAGUUAAAGCUUAGGCCAACAAAACUGAUCCUGACUG